UGUCGCAGUAAUCGGUGCACGGCACCAAUUUACGACACUGGGCUUUACGACACUGAAGUACUUCUUACAUGGCGCUGCUUAGAUGAUAUCAAGGAAGCAACGAGACACAGGAGAGAAGAGGGUUUUUCACGCAUUUUGUUGAUACACAGUUCGUCCAUCUAUCGUCACAGUUGUCCGCUGAGCUCAGGCAGAGGUAGUGAGAAACAGGCACGGGUUUAUGAGGUGACAUGGCGGCGCAGGGGGGCAUCCAGAUCCAGGAGAAGGUCGGGAGGCUGCUCAGCAAACAGAACGGAAAGCCAGUACUGAAACCUAACAAGGCCCUGGUUCUGAAAGAUGCUGUAGGCAACCGCAAACCCAAGAAAGGAGAGGCCACCUGUGUCCCAGAGAUGUCACUCCUCAUGGCCUGUUGGAAGGACAACAACUUUGUAGAUGGUCUGUGCUCUAAUGAGAUAAACACCUUCUACACUUGUGUGGAAAAGGCACAGGCUGCUAUGAAGAAUAAAUCUGAACCGACCAACCUCCAGGGAGAACGUCUACCCCCAAAACUAGCCAACACCCUGCUGAAGAGAUUUCCCAAUUUGCGCACUGAGAUCUAACAUACUAACUUUGUAAUGAAUUUGGUAUAUGGACUUGACAUAUGAAGGUGAAGAAGAGGCCACUGGACUGAGUGUUGGAAUUGGGUUUCAUCACAUUAAGAUGAUGUCACAAAAGAAUAAAGCACAACACUGAAAAGUGUGAUUUCAA